AUGGCGAUGAGGCCGGAUUUGGACGACCUCGAAGAAGGAACGUGCACCUGGGCUCUGCGAGAACUUCAAGGUAUUUAUUGAAUUUUUCAAUUUCAUCCUGCUUUCGCAAUUUGUUGAGAAGCUUUCUCUCGACGUAAAAAAUUACAGUUACUUCUUGAAGAGGAAGGCCAAAAAAUUCAAGAUCCUUUUCAAAACGCAAUGUGUACCCUACUGAGCUCCCUAUGAAAUCUUCGUUGAGAUAAACUACAGGAUAGUUUCUCUUAGAACUCAUAAUAGGAUUGGUCUAGCCUAUACCUAUACCUUUUCCAAGCUUCAAUUAUCGACCAGCAUGUCCCCUAUAGUCGUCACUAACUGGAACCUAUGUCUAGAAAACUUUUGCAAGCUUUAGUGACCCUUAUAUGGGGACGAGGGCAACCUUCUAGGUUUGCCGAUUUGGGGACUACUUUGUAGUUCCUAAGAAACCUUCUCGAAAGCCGCGUUGUCUAAGAAAAAAGCUGUUGAUCAAAAAAGUUAUUCUCGAGUUUUAGACUCCGAGGGAGAAUCCAGCAACGGCAGCCCGUUAAAACCCGACAGAAGCUCCGAAGGAUGGGGUCUUCAAAAAAUGAGUUCGUUUCAAAUAUUUAACUACACUAGCGCUGUAAUGAAUUCCAAAGAAGAUCAAAUGAUUUCGAGCAUCUAUCUAUUGCUGUUCAAAAUAUCCUCAUUUACCUCACUUUGCUCAAAAAUUAAGACUUGAGACCGUUCUAGAAUAACAUAGGCGAAUCGAGAAAGGGUAUCGCGAUACCCUGUGAGGUAUAUCGCAGGGUCGGAAGUCUAGGGUACCUCGGUAUACCUCUGAGGACGUUGAGCAAAAUGAGGUAGACUUUGGGGAGACAUUCAAGUACCUCUGAGAUGGUACAGAUACAGUUUAAAAGUAUGCCGGAGGUCUCACGAUGAACAAAUUAUGGGGUCUUCAAGACCCCUUUUUAAAGGUAUCUUUGUGGAUACAUUAUGGUACCCUCCUGAUUCGCUUGGGCAAUUUUCCGAGGGCAAUUUGAGGAUGGUGCUGUUAUUGAUGCACUGUCAACAUUAAACUAAUUCAUAACAAGUUUUUUCUAAGCAGAAGAGAAAGCAUUUUCGUGGAUCUUGGGAGGUGGCGACCGGUUGAAAAGCGGCGCAGAUGCGGAUCCAAAAACUUCAUGCGAGCCGUCUAAUCUCACACAGAAGAAGAACAUCAGCGGCAAACUUGAAAUAUUGGAAGAGGGAGGUAGAUUUUUCUUUCUUGACCAUCUUUUUACUGUCACAGAUACUAUGAAAAUUCCCUAAAAGUUUCACGCCAGGUUUUGAUAAGCUCCGCCCACUUUCCAACUUAGUGUAAAUGGCUCGAAGCUUUCCGGUUGUCCUUUACAAUUCUACAAGAAACCUCCUAGUCAAGAUUCAACAAAUUUGUUUUUCUGCUCCCGCUUUUUGAUGCCAUAGCGCGAGAGCCGUUUCCAGUCGGAGACCAUUUCAAACAAAUUUUGAGCCAUUUUGUGAACUAUCAUAGAAAUAAACUUUACAGGUCUAGUGGCUAAUGAACAAGAUCGUAGAGAAGACAAGAAUGGAACAAACGAUAAGGAUAAAAAAUUGACAAUGGCCGACCAGAAGCUAAACGCGCAGACGGAGCCAAUGUCUUUUCAGUUUUCUGAUCAGUCAUCGUUGCCUCCCAUCAGACGAAACCAGGAAGAUCGUGAGUUCACAAGAGAGUUUCAAAAGCUUAAGGAUUCAAUAAAACUUCACAGUUCGCUAGAGCAUCCUGAUCCUUAAAUGAACAUCACUCGGGACUCCAGUGUUGGUUCCUUCAGAGGCCCCCUUAGGGAGCACUUAACCACACCCCCCCUUCCCCCUUCCCCUGAUCAUUAUAAUGGAGCACUUUGGCAAUCAUUAGUAGCUUCAACAUUUUUUUUGGCAAUCAUUAGUAGUUUCAAACAUUUCUUUAAAUCUCAAACUGUGUCUUUUCACAGUACUCUUCUUGAAGGUGGAUCUGAUGAUUAGUCUAUUCAAACUGUCCUUAAAAUAAAAAUGUUGGAAGUUAUGCUCAUAGGAGCGGACGUUCACGAAAUGCUAGUUCCUGAAAGGCCAAUUGACGACGCUCCGAACAACGAAGAUUUUUUGGCAGGUUUUAUUUAUUUCCACGGGUGAGAGACUUCGUUGUAAUAUAAAAAACACGAUGGCAUUUUAGCUAUCUACCCCAAUAUGAAACGUACAGAUUCAUACGUCGACAAGGUGACUACCUCGUGAGGAAAGUUGAAGGUUUUUAAAAAAUGAAAAAAGAUCUGUUUGAAAAAAAUUGUUUUGCAGACGAAGGGAAGCACUAUAUUAUCAUCACCGUGGGCGAGAAAAUCAACAGCGAUGGGAGUGAUAGUGAAGGUUUUUCAGUUUUGCGUCUUCUCGGGCAAAGUCGGAAUGGCGGAUAAUGGCCGCUAAAAGAGAGAGGCUCCAAAAAGGCCGCAGAAAGGCAGCAAAGAGAGUCCCUUUUUCGAGCCUUUCAUUUUUCGGGAUUUUAAAGACUCGAGAAAUGGUGGAGAAAAAGAGAGGCAGCAAAAAUGAUGCAUAAGGGCUGAGAAAACGGAGCAAAAAGGCAGGAAAAAGGGGCCUUCAUCACCCUUAAAGGAAAAUUUCUAUGAAGCCCUACAGCAGCCUUCCUGACCCUCGAAGGGUCCUUCCGACUUUGCCUAUGUUAAAUCACUAACAGCGUUCCAAAAAAACCAGUAGGCGUGGCCUAACGCAACUGUCGCGCAGUAGUAGGAGACGAUUCUCCGUUUGGAUUUACGCUCUUAUGUGAAUUUUUUGAGAAGAUGAGAAAAGCUACGGACACGACGAUCCCAUAAGGCCUGUCAACUACAUGGUCAAAAGGAACGAUCACGGAUUUUUCAUCGAGAGAAUCAUGACCUUUGACAACCUCGAGGAUCUUCUCGCUUUUUACAUAUUCUAUCCGCACAAGGUAACGACCUUAUCACCUUGAACUCAUAAUUUUUUCAGAGCGAUCUGAAUGUCCAGCUGAAAAGAGGUGUUCCCAGGAAACUGUUCGAGUUUGUUCCGUCUCAGAUUACGCGCACGAAAACAACAGUUAGUUGACAAUUUUCAAUAAAGUUCCCUAGUUAGAUAAAAAUAUACCUUUUAUUUGAACCCAUCAUUGACACAAAAUAUGAAAGAAUAAUUUCAGUUGGGAGGCGGAGCAUUCGCAGAGGUUUUUCUUAGCGGAAAUACAGCCUUCUAUCGGCCUUUUGGUGACAAAAGUCGCAGUCAAAGCUGUAUGUUCAAAUGGAAGAGACCAACAGACCUUUUUUCCAGUUGAAAUCAGACUCUCCAAACUUGAAAGCGCUUAGUGAUGAGCUCAUCGCGGAAGGCCGGCUCAUGCUCGAUCUGAAUCACGAGAAUGUUUUGAAGAUGAUCGGCUGGAUGAUCAUAUCCCAGCCAUUUAUGAUACUGCUGGAGUACAUGCCCGGUUAGUUUACUCGUAAACGUAAAGUGUUUUUUUUUUCUGAACUUGAGUUAAAUGUUUCGAAAAACAAUACUGUUUAACUGCCGUUAAUUUUUAACAUGGUCUUUUUAUUUCGUGUUGAACGGAGUACUUGGAAACGUACAGAACUUCCUAGUUUUGGUUAAAAAAAAAAUUAAAAGUCGAAAAAAAUUUAAAUUUCGCAAAAAAGUGUUCGGCAGUAAAGUUGCUCUAUGGACCACAUGCAUCGCCAUUUUUCGGAUCUUUCUUUGUUCUUCGUUUCUUUUUAUUUUAUCAAGUAGUAUACGUCAACAAUAACACUGAGUAUUCAACGUUAAAACUUAUUUUUUUGCUGCGUACUUAAGAUUUGAAUUUUCGCGCCAAAAUUUUUUUCUCAGCCUGUUUAGGACCGCUGUGAAUUGAAAUUUCGAUAUUUAUUUUUGCAGGCGGAUCAUUGGAAAACUUCCUCCUUGAUCACUAUUCAUCGACGACUACCUCACAGCUUUUGAACUUCGCCUUUGAAGCUUCGAAAGGAUUGCAAUAUUUAGACGAAAAUGACAUUAUUCAUAGGGACAUCGCGGCGAGAAACUGCCUUCUGAACGCUGACGGAAAAGUUUAGAAUUCCUCAAGCAAUUUUAUAUUUUUUUUUAGCUAAAACUGUCGGACUUUGGACUGUCGAUAGAAGGAGGAUUUUAUAUCAUGGAGAAGACUGAGAAAUUGCCGACGAGAUAUUUGUCCCCGGAAACUUUAUCCGCUUUCGUUUUCCUCAUACAGUCGGACGUCUACACUUUCGGAGUCCGUUUGCAGAAUUUCAAUUGAUCUUUAUUUGAUUUUUUUCAGAUAUUGAUUUAUGAGAUUUUUACGGGAGGAUCGUUACCGUACGAAGAAUUCAGUCCGGUUGAGGCAAGAAAAAAGGUUGGUCCUUUCCGAUCAUUUAUAGAAAAAGGCUACGAAAAGCUUUCUGCUACACUUUAGAAGUUGCAAAAACUAGAGUGCAGUCUGUUUUUCGCGACUUCUCUGCGCUCUCCUCGUCUCUUGACGACCCUCUCUUGUUGACACGCUGUUUUCGCGUUUCUCUAACCUCGCCGGUGAGGGAACAGAGAGACGCAGACACUCGAGAACUCUCAAGCCGCGGCACAAGACGCACUAUGAAAACCAUAAAAUAACCAUGAAUAAAUCACAAAAGUAUUAUUUUUCCAGAUAUUGGCCGGAAUCACCAACCCGAUGAAGGAUACUCAGGCUCCAAAAGAAGUUCAGAACUUCGUUCAGGAUCGCCUCUGGCCUUAUAAUCCGAAAGCGCGAGCCGACAUGAGCGAAGUUUGCUUGAAUUUAAAAAUAUUCUCAAAAAAGUUACGGUUUCAGGUCGUUACUUUCCUUGGAACCCAUCUUAAAAAAAGCGAGUUGGUGAGUAAAAUUAUUUUUUCCUUGAUUUAUUUCGUGAUUUUUUAACUGUGAGGUUGCAAAAUUAUUACAAGGUAAGAAAGAAUAAAAAGUAUAAGAAUAUUGCCACAAUAACCAAGGUAGAGGUUCCUGAAUUUUCAGGCUUCCUCCAAACCAGAGUCCAGAAAAAACUCGGCCUUGCCUCGACGCCGCAAGAUCAACAGAUCGGUUAGUUUUUUUUUCCAAUGCUCGACUGUGAGAUGGUUCAGGAUGUUCUAGAGGAUCUAUGCCCUACUCAAGAAGAUACGGCUGUCCCCCAACGACUAAGACGUCGGUCUCUUUUUUUCAAUAAAAUUAUUUCGGAAAAUUUUUGAAAUCUGGUUAAUCAAAUCAUUUUUUUGAGCGAAAAAAAAAUUAUCACCUAUUCAGAAACCAUGAAUUAACGUAAUUCAUGCAGUUCUGUGGAGAGAAAAAAAGGAAGGUUUUUUUAAGACUACGGUAACUGCUAAGUCUGCAAGCACAGCGACGCGUACGGUGCAAAAUUAGUUUUUUACCUUUUUUUUUGAACUCUCAAAAAAUUAAUUUUUUUUUUCGAGCUUUUACUCGUUUUCACGCUUCAGAUUUGCUAACAUUGACAGUAUUCCCAUAACGAGAAUUUUCAAAGCGAGUUUUGUUAAUUUUUUGCUCUGAUUUACCUGCAAGGAGCAUGAAGGAGUAACUCGUCAAGUUUUACUACCCUUCUCUGAAGAAAUAACUAUCACUUUCAAAAUGGGAUAAAAAUAUAAACAUAAAUCGGACGUUUUGCAACCAACUCGAAAAAAAUAAAUCAAAAUCAAAAAUUUAUUAGAAACUCAUGCAAAAUAAUUUGUUGAGCGAGAAUUUUUAUGAGAAGUAUAUACAACAAAAGCCCUGUAUUCUGUUCAUUUUCGCAGCAAGCUCUCAAUGUUCUUGGUGAAGGAAGACAAGUCGCCCCAGUUGGGGUGCGAUUUGCGACGCGAACUCGGCGAUGUCGCUGCUGCGAGCGACGCGCGUCGCGAAGCCACUUCCCUGGAGAUGGCCACCGUCUCGGGGUCUUCCUCUUCGGUUUCGUCGCCGCUCGGAAGCUCGACCUCCUUGCUCACGGCGUCGUCGUCACUUGUAGGGAUGUGUACGACGCGGCCAAGCCUGGUAAAUGA